CAUCCCGGAGCAAGCGCAAUGGAUCUAAUCGUCGGCGCUUUCAAAUCGCCUUGCGUGAUCGCGAUCGUGCUUGCCGAGAGUGAUACCAGAAGAAACUAUAAGGGCAAUGGUCUGCCGAUUUUUCACAGCCAAGAGAGCCUUCAUGGAGAGGUUCGUAUCGAUCCAUUGCCUGGAAGAAAGCUUGAGCAUACCGGUGUGAAGAUCGAGCUACUCGGGCAGAUUGAGCUCUAUUUCGAUCGCGGGAAUUACUACGAUUUCACAUCACUUGUGAGGGAGCUGGAUGUCUUGGGAGAGAUUGCGGAGAGAAAAGUCUAUCCUUUUGAGUUCUCAGCGGUGGAAAUGCCGUAUGAAUCCUACAACGGCACAAACGUGAGAUUGAGGUAUAUACUGAAAGUCACUGUUAGCAGAAACUAUUUGUCGAAUCUUACAGAGAGCAAGGACUUCUGGGUACACAAUUUCUCGGCUCCUCCCGCAAUCAACAAUUCUAUCAAGAUGGAGGUUGGGAUUGAGGAUUGUCUACACAUAGAGUUCGAGUACAACAAAAGCAAAUAUCACUUGAAGGACGUGAUCCUUGGCAAGAUUUUCUUUCUCCUCGUCCGGCUCAAGAUCCGACACAUGGAGAUUGAAGUAAGACGCCGGGAGUCCACUGGCUCGGGGCCAAACACUUACAACGAGACCGAGACGAUUGCAAAGUAUGAACUUAUGGAUGGAGCUCCUGUUCGUGGAGAAUCCGUUCCAAUUCGCUUGUUUCUGAGUCCUUUCAAUCUCACGCCAACGUAUCGCAACGUGAACAACAAAUUUAGCGUCAAGUACUACCUCAACCUGGUGCUCGUGGACGAGGAAGAUCGACGCUACUUCAAGCAACAAGAGGUGACAAUGUAUAGAGCUCGACCGUUUUAGAGCCUUCUAGCUUCUCUUCUGGAAUAAGUCGCAGUGGUGAAUGAAUAAACGAUGCACACUACUUACUAGA